AUGGCGUCGUCAGCGUCGCACCCACCUGGGUUCUCGCAGCGCUGGCAGCGGGCGGGGAGCGCUGAGUCGGUGAGCUCGGCGUCGCUGGCCAGGAACGAGCGUGUCUCCGGCUUGGGGCUCUCCUCCGCUUCGUCCGGGAACAGCGUGGGGGCGCCGCGCGCUGAGGUGACGGCGCCGGCUCCGGCGGCGGUCCGGGGUCGCGUUCAAGAUCGCUUGGGUUGGGAGCAACCGAGGCCUUCAAAGAAGUCGAUGUGGCGGCGUCGCGUGGAUGCGCGGGCGGAGGCGGCGUCUGCGCGUGGUGCUGUCACGCCGGAGAUGGAAGGUUUGUGCUUCCGCUGCUACGAGCCCGGCCAUCGGAAGCGUGACUGCACGAACGAUGAAGUUUGCGUCCGCUGCUGGCUCCGGGGGCACCCGGCCAGGGAGUGCAAGAGGCCGCGGAGUCCCUCCUCCGAAGAAGAUCUGCGCAACCUGGCCCUGGCCAAGUUGGCGCGUCGCCGUUCGCCGGACAGGGGCGUGCCUGCUGGGGCCCGGAGGGGCCCUGGCAGGGAGCUUGGGCGGCCCGCCGUAGCUGCGCCCGUGCCUCCGCCGCCGCCGCGGCCGGUACCGCCAUCUGCUGCGCCGGCCCCACCGCCACCUCCCCCACCGCCCCCGCAGUCGGUCGCCGUCGUUCCCCCCUUACCCUGA